AAUCCAUCCCUGCCCCUUGGGCGGUUGCCUCUCCGGCGGUCCGCCCUAAAACCCCGCCGCCGACGACAUGCCGCAGCUGCCCGCCCCUCUCCGCCUCCUCCUCCCCCUCUCCCAAACCCUAGCCCCCUCCCCCCUCCUCCACCUCUCCCGCCGCCUCUUCACCUCCUCCUUCCCCUCCUUCGGGCGCGCCGCCAGCCUCCGCGCCCAGCCCGGCCGCCGCCACCACCACCCCCGCCGCGGGAGCAGCACGCUCCGGAAGGCGCCCAAGGAGGAGAUGGCCGGCGGAGGGGAUAAGGAGGUCGCCUUCAACAGGAAGCGGGCGGAGGGGAGGGACGGCGGGAAGCGCGGGAGCAUGGAGCUCAAGGCCCGCAAGCUCAACCCCGUCAACACCACCUGCUACGUGCAGAUACUUGGUACAGGGAUGGACACCCAGGACACUUCACCUUCUAUUUUACUCUUCUUUGACAAACAAAGGUUUAUAUUUAAUGCGGGCGAGGGUCUUCAACGUUUCUGUACUGAACACAAGAUAAAGUUAUCAAAGAUUGACCAUAUCUUUUUGACUCGCGUGUGCUCAGAAACUGCAGGGGGCCUUCCAGGCCUGGUGCUAACUCUGGCAGGCAUAGGAGAUGAGGGCAUGUCGGUGAACAUAUGGGGCCCUUCUGACCUUGACUUUCUAGCCGGGGCAAUGAGAUCUUUUAUACCAAAUAGAGCAAUGCUUCACACGCAUAGCUUUGGUGCUGAACGGAAUGCAUCUUCUUCGCAACCUAAAGACUCUGUUAUUAUUCUUGAUGAUGAAGUAGUUCGGAUAUCAGCAAUGUUUGUCAAACCAAAGUACCACAAUGGAGCUGGUAGCUUGAAUGAUGUUGACUCGAAGCCAGGUGAUACUGCUAUAGUCUAUGCGUGUGAAUUGCCAGAAAUUAAGGGAAAGUUUGACCCUGCUAAGGCUGCUGCCCUUGGUCUGAAGCCUGGGCCCAAGUAUCGUGAACUUCAACUUGGGAACUCUGUGCAGUCUGAUCAGUUCGACGAAAUGGUUCAUCCAAGUGAUGUUCUUGGCCCAUCAAUUCCUGGACCAACUGUUCUUCUGGUGGAUUGCCCUACACAAUAUCAUAUGCCAGAACUUUUCUCACUGCAACCCCUUAUCUGCUUUUAUGAAGACUCUUCGAACCAAAGAGAGAGUGGCAAGAAAGUAAAUUGCGUAAUCCACUUAGGUCCAUCCUCCGUGACUAAAUCUGUUGACUAUCAGAACUGGAUGAAACGAUUUGGUGAAACACAGCAUAUCAUGGCAGGACAUGAAAUUAAAAACAUGGAAAUUCCAAUCUUGAAAGGUAGCGCAAGGAUAUCAUCGCGCCUCAAUUUUGUAUGCCCUCAGCUAUUCCCAUCCUCUGGGUUUUGGUCUGUGAAACCUGCAAAUGAUGUCAUGGAGAAUGAUAAGAGUACUUCAUUGGAAGCCUGUGGAAUUGUGUCUGCGCAAAAUCUGCUCAAGUUUCAUCUGCGUCCAUAUGCUCAACUGGGGUUGGAUAGUGCUUCUAUUCCAAGUUUGUUCACCUACAAGGAUAUUGUAGAAGAGCUUGUAUCUGAGAUCCCAGAGGUUAGGGAAGUUCCUGAGCAGGUUCUCAAAUUCUGGCAAAAUAAUGUGAACGUUAAAAAUAUGCCACCAGCAGGCAGUCGAAUGCUGAUGGUUGAAGAGCCAUGGAUCGGUCAGAAAUCAGAUAAGCUAGAUGAUGGCAGCCCAAAGCAUCCACGGGACAAUCAGGACAUCCCUUGUUGUGUGGAGGAUGCAACGAGGGAAGAUAUGGAGAUUACAUUUUUGGGUACAGGUUCAUCUCAGCCUUCAAAAUAUCGGAACGUAAGUUCUAUAUAUAUUAACUUGUUUGCUCGAGGAGGUAUACUUCUUGAUUGCGGUGAAGGAACUUUAGGACAACUAAAGAGGAGGUUCGGUGUAAAUGGUGCUGAUGAAGCUGCAAAAAAUUUGAGGUGUAUUUGGAUUUCACAUAUUCAUGCUGAUCACCACACAGGGUUAGCUAGAGUUCUUGCUCUAAGGUCUAAAUUGUUAAAAGGGAUGCCUCAUAAACCCUUGCUUGUUAUUGGACCAAGACCACUUGAGAGAUUCCUAAAUGCUUAUUCAAUGCUUGAAGAUCUUGACAUUGAAUUCCUAGACUGCAGGAAUACUUUGAAGCCUAGUGUUGAGACUUUUCUCAGUGAAAAUGAUACCGGAUCAGCCACACCUCAACUAGAGAACACCAUGUUUGCCCCUGGAAGUAGAAUGGAGAACUACAACAGGAAGCCUGCAAGUCCAAGGGAUACCACAGCUCUUGCUAAUUUUAGAGAAGUUCUGCAGGAAUCAGGCUUGGAGAUUCUGUACAGUGUCCCCGUAGUACACUGUCCACAGGCAUUUGGCGUUGUUUUGAGAGCCACAGAGAAGGUGAACGGUGCUGGAAAGGUUAUUCCAGGCUGGAAGGUUGUAUAUUCUGGUGACACACGACCCUGUCCAGCUCUUAUAGAUGCAUCCAGAGAUGCAACAGUGCUGAUACAUGAGGCAACAUUCGAGGACAGUAUGAAGGACGAAGCAAUCGCGAGGAACCAUAGUACAACAAAGGAGGCAAUAGAAGUAGGCACAUCGGCUGGAGCAUACCGGAUCAUUUUGACCCACUUCAGCCAGCGAUACCCGAAAAUCCCAGUUAUUGAUGAGGUUGACAUGGAGAAGACGUGCAUUGCCUUUGACCUGAUGAGCGUAAACCUUGCGGAUUUGCCGGUCUUGCCCAAGGUUCUGCCACACCUGAAGGUUCUAUUCAAGGACGAGAUGGUAGUUGAGGAAGCUGAUGAGAUCCUAGAGGCUGCUGCCUUACGGUUGAUCAAAUACGCAGUUGGAAAAUCUGGUAAUGAUUUCAAGAGGGAGAUGCAAAGGCACUCAGCGGCUAUGCGACAACUAGUUCACUACAAGGGCCACCCUGAUCCCUUAAGAGGAGAUGCCCUUAAUAAGGCUGUCCGCGAAACUGCGAACGAGGCUAUAGCCGCAAUUUUCUCUACAGAGGACCCUAAACCUGCUGUUGCAACAGAAAGUCUUGGCAAGCGCAUACAGGGCUUUGGAAAUACAAACUAUGAGCCAUCUAGAAUAGAUGACAAGAAGUCUUUCCUUAGUGAACUCAGCGAGGUAGUGGGUAUUGGAAGUGCAUCCAUUAAGCAGGGUUUGAGCAACUUUGCUGCAGCACAUGCAAUGAUGGCAAAUGAUAAUGGUGCCACAUACAAGAGCCCUAACCUCCGUAGGUCUUUGACCACAGAAUCUGAAAGGUAUGGUCGGUAUGAUCCAAGUGAAAUUCAAAGUGAGAGCCGUGCCUCAUCUGGUGCUUCGAAGAAUGUGGCUUCUGGUUCCUGGGGUCCAACUCCUUCCAGUUCUGCACCGACUGAUGAUACUAGCUCAAGUCAACCAGGGAUUAAGACUCGUGAAGAGAGACUUUUGGAGACAAUUGUUACUGCAAGUGGUGUGCGAUUGCAACCAACGCGAGACGCUCUGCAUAUAUUUUUAACAGAAGCUUCCAAAUUGGAUGCAGUCGCUUUGAGCCGUGCACUUGAGAACAAACUGAAUUCUCCAUUAUGGCAGGUUCGUAUGAAGGCUAUUUGUGUGUUGGAAGCCAUUGUGCGGAAACAGGAUACUGAUCCUUAUUCCAUCAUCGCUUCCUAUUUCAUUGAGAACACAGCUUCUGUUGUUAAAUGCUCUGAGCUGCCACAGGUUUCUCUUAGAGAGAAGGCCUCAAAGGUUUUGAAUAUGCUGAUCGGGGAACAGCCUAAUGUAACCACAAAUCUUUCAGCAACAAAAACUCCAAUGCCCCCACCGGUUCAGAUGCCUGAUUUAAUUGAUACAGGUGAUCAAGAUGAUCUAGGAACUCAAAGUUCUGGACAGGAAAGCAAUGGACAGAACAAUGGGAACAGUGCACAUGUUUCUUCAGUUGAUGAUUUGCUUGGUGGUGAACCUAUUGCUGAUAUAAGUGUCACUUCUGAUAGUAAUGGAAGUGAUCCAUUUGCAGAUGUAUCAUUCCACGAGGCAGAGACUAAGGAGACCAAUGAUCUGUUCUCGGGGUUGACAGUAGAAGAGAAAUCAUCAACUGCCAUGCAUGAUAGCUCUUCAUCAAACAAAAAUGAAUUACCGGAUAUCUUUGGCAGCAACCCUGAUCCUUUCAUCCAAGGAAGUGUUGGUGACCAAGGAACUGUCAAUGAUUUGAUGGCUGGUUUGAACCUUAAUGGAACAGGCCAGGCUCAACCUGCUGUUAAAGCAGAGCCCAAUACCAACUUCAAUGGCUCACAGUUCUUUGAUACAAACAAUCAGACUAGCCACGUGGCAGGUGCUGCAGCAUUGAAUGGCAUUCUCGGUCAGAACUCCUUUUACCAACAGCAACAGGUUCCCUUGCAGUACAGCUUGCCUCAACAAAUGAUGCUCAAUCAGUCAUUUCCUGGGCAGCAAUUAAAUUAUGGUGCCAUGGGGAUUCUUCUUGCUCAGCAGCAGCAGCUACUGCAAAAUUUUGGAAAUUUCAAUGCUGGUCUUGGGAAUUCAUCUUUCAAUUCGAUGAACAGUGGAAAUGCGUCAGUGCUUCCAGAUAUUUUCAAUUCAAGCAAUCAGCCACAAAAUCAUGUUGCAGUGAUGAGCAAUUCAAAGAAAGAUGACACUAAAGCUUUUGAUUUUGUCUCGGAUCACCUGGCAGCAGCACGUGGUUCAAGAAAGUGAAGCGAAGAGCAAUGAGCAUGUCCAGAUUGGGGCAAGGGCGGGGACUGCAAACCUGAUGGACGUGAAAGCUGCAUUUCGUCCCAGCCUCGCAGAUUGGCUGCAUGAUUCACACGGCUGGUUUGGGUUGGUGUCAUCUAAUGCUUGGACGGAUGAGCAAGGGAGGGUUUGAUCCAUACGGUUGGAAGACGGGAUGUUGUGUUGUAUUAUGUAUAUCUAGACAAAGACUGUUUUUUCUGUUGAAAUAAAUUGCAUCUUCUGACUUUAUUUAUGUUCUGCCCUUUUCUCUCUUUUUUCAGGAAAAAAGAAAAGAGUUAAGAGGUAUUGUAUACAUAAACCUGCAAACGGGAUUUUAUUUUAGCUCUUUACUGUACAAGUACAUGCUGGAUGUUUUUUUUUGGGAAUUGUAAAGCUUUGGUACAUGAAUAAGAGGGUGCAACAUGAUAUCAGCUGCUAGACUGAUUCUUGGAA